UUUUUACACAAACUGAAGCGAAAAUUAAAAUAUAAAAUAAAAUCGAGAGAAAAAGAAAAUACGCCAAAAUGUCGCAAAGACGCACAACGCGGAGCUGACACGGCCCGAAUUUGAAAAAAAAAAAAAAACAAAAAAAAACCCACAGAAUAAAGAAAUAUUGAGAAAAAAAACAAACGGCAGAAAUAAAUUAAAUCAAAGGAAAUCGUAAACAAGCGUUAAGCGCAGGGAAGAAGAAGAGAAAGAGCCAUCCGCAGCUGAAUUCAGUCCGAUUGUUUGGAUGAAAAUAUUUUGUUUUGUGUACACAAACCCAAAUAAACAAAUUAAACAGAAACGGCUGAGAGAUGAUGUUUACACGCGCUCAAGUGCGAAAACAGAAGACCAACGGCAACACUGGCAACCAGCGAGCGCGCACCACUCGUACGCAGCAACAACAACAGUACGACCCACGCUACAAGCAACCGUCGACCACCUCAUCAGGUGUCAGCAGCUCCGGGAUCAGCAGUGGUGGACGCACAAGAGAUCGUGACAGAGACAGAGACAGGGAUAGGGACAGGGAUAGGGACAUGGGCGACAUGCCGGGUGGAAGCAGCACCAUGUCGAGUGGCUACUACAGCGACCACUACAGCACCAACUCCGGUGCGUCUGCCAACCACCACUACAGUAAGCAUCAUUCCUUCGAGCUGCCGCGCCAACACUCAAAAGAAGAAUACGAACGGGCCGCGCACUACGAACGCGCCUAUGUGGAUAAGCGCACGAGACCGCGCAGCAUCACUAACCGGCGGGGAGCCAUCAAACAUCAAAAAACGCACGAAAUUAACGGCCACCGUUUCGUGGCGAAAUUUUUUCGUCAGCCGACGUUCUGCGCCUUCUGCAAUCUGUUUCUAUGGGGCUUCGGUAAGCAAGGAUAUCAAUGUAUCACUUGCCAAACUGUGGUUCACAAGAAAUGUCAUGAGAAAUUGUUGGGCAAAUGUUCGGGAUCCGUUUUUAAUUCAGCAAGUACAAUUUUGUUGCGCGAAAGAUUCAAAAUAGAUUUACCGCACCGCUUUAAGCCCUACACUUUUAUGUCACCAACUUUCUGUGAUCAUUGUGGGUCUCUAAUGGGAGGAUUUUUCAUACAAGGUUUGAAGUGUGAAGGUAUGGGUACCUAG